AUGUCGUUAGAUACAUUAUCAAUACCACCAGUCAAUUGGCCAUUAUUUCUAUUUACUAGUUUGAUAAUAUGUCUUCGUGCAUCUACACCAUUGAUAUGUACAUGGUUUUCGAAAAAAUUUUAUUCUCCAUCUACAAAAAUUGAUGAAAUCACUCAUGAAUUAAAAUGUGUAACAGCUGAAUUAAGAACACUUUCUCAACAAGAUCAAUUUGCUGCUUAUACUCGUAAAGAACGUCUACGUAAUUCACUUGUUGAACGUCUUAAAGAUGUACGAAAUAGUAGUGAAGCACAACAAAAAAAUUUAUCAAAUUCUAUUCGAAUGAUACUCAAUAUUGGAACUGUUUUAAUUAUGAUUAUCUUAACAAUAAAAAGUCGAGGACAGGAUGCAAUACCAUUAUUUAAUUUUGCAUUUUUUCAAUUUCCAUUAAUUAUUUGGGUUAUGGCAUUGAAUACAUUUGUUUCUACACUUGUUAAUAUUUAUCUUAGAUAUCGAACAAAUUAA